AUGCCCAUCCCUGUCACACCCACCAAAAGAGGACGCAUCAUAGGCUAUUGGGAGAGGUGCAAAUCGGUGCGCGAGACACAUCGCCACUUUGAGAUGUCCUUUUCUACCGUGCGCAACUUGGUGGCCAAGUUCCGCAGUGUUGGCCACAUCCGAACCGAGUACAAGGGUCGUCGAUCAUCUCUCAGCCCAGAGAAGAAAGCCGAAGUACUCCAGCGCGUGGAAAGUAACCCGUUCUUGUCGAUCAACGAGCUUGCCGACGACUUCGAGAUCCAUCGUACCACCAUGUCCAACCAACUCCGAGAAGCAGGGUACUAUUCCUGCAUCGUACGCCGUACGCCGUAUCUCACGGAUGAGCACAUCAACCGCCGCAUUGUCUGGGCUAUCCAGUACCGCGGUUUUUGUUGGGAUCGCGUCAUUUAUUGCGACGAGAGCACGUUUAGCAACAAGAACUACCAACCUGUGCGCUGUAUACGCCCCCUCGGCCUCGGCAACAAGAAGCGCUACACCAAGGCUGCUCUCUGCGGCUCCCGAUACAGCGUCAACGUCUAUGGAGCCAUGGCGAAAGGCCAUAAGUUCCCCCUUGUGAACGUCAAAGCCGAGGUUCGAGCGUCAGAGGCGCACCCCGAGGACCUGCACUUGACCGGCGAGCGCUACGUGUAA